AAGAAUCUAACUCGCUCGUUUUUCACAUCUUCUUAUUACACACCAACCUUUUUUAAUCAUUUCAGUCAGCUCCAAACUUUUUUUAAUUAUUUUCAGUUUACUCCAACCUUUUGUUAAUUCAAUCCAGUUUAGUAUAUAAGAGAGUCGGCACCCUCAUCCUUAAUUAUAUCAGCCAACAAAUGGGGAGUCCUCCUGCUAAGAAAGUCCUGCUCACCUCCAAUGGUGACGAUAUUUCACAGAGCAUCGCCUUCUCUCUGGCCCAACGCGGCUGCAGGUUGGUGUUGAUGGGGAAGGAGAGCUGCCUACGGGGUAUUGUGCAGAAAAUAACGGGCUCACUGGAAGGUGCGGUGGCGCCGGUGGAGGUGGUGGACGUGGACAUGGAGGACGAGAGGGAGGGAGCUUUUGAUGAGGCGGUGGAGAAGGCAUGCAACAUCUUGGGCAAUUUGGAUGCCUUUGUGCAUUGCUAUACUUACGAAGGAAAAAUGCAAGACCAGCUACAAUUACCUGAAGGUGAAUUCAAAAAGAUAAUGAAGAUUAACUUUAUGUCUGCGUGGUUUCUGUUAAACGCUGUUGGCAGAAGAAUGCGAGAUCACAAGUCAGGAGGUUCAAUUGUGUUCUUGACCUCGAUAAUUGGAGCCGAAAGAGGGCUUUAUCCAGGAGCUGCUGCUUAUAGUGCAUGUUCGGCAGGCCUUCAGCAGUUAGCUAGGACGUCAGCCUUGGAGAUUGGACGAUACCAGAUUAGGGUCAAUGCUAUUGCCCGUGGUUUGCAUCUACAAGAUGAAUUUCCAAUUUCCGUGGGAAUAGAGAGAGCGAAGAAGCAGGUGAUGGAGGCAGCUCCAUUGGGGAGAUGGCUUGAUGUUAAAAACGAUCUGGCUUCAACUGUCAUAUAUUUAAUCAGCGAUGGGUCACGGUACAUGACAGGCACAACAAUAUUUGUGGAUGGGGCACAGUCUCUAACGAGACCUCGGAUGCGUUCUUUUAUGUGAUUCUUCUCCCCCUUUUUUUCCCUGGCCAUUACUUAGGUCUUAUCUUAGGUGGAUUAGCCAUAUAUUCACAUGGAGUCUGUUACUUGUGGAUCAUAAAGGUGGUUAAUUUUGAAGCAUUCUGAGGCUCAAAAUCUCAAAGAUGACUGCUUUCGCUGUGGUUUCAUGAUCAGUGAUGAGAAUGUGUAAACAACCAUUUAGUUUUGGGAUGGAAAUAAGUUCAAAUGGACUGGUCCUCUUUUCAUGCUAAAGCUGUGAGCAGAGCUGCAGAGGUUAAAAGUUCCGUUAAGAUUCUGUCAUCUGGUUAUCUCGACGUUUGAAGACAUGAAGAAACGAGCUUGGAUGGAAAGUAGGUGACUGCAUUUUCUCUGCGUCUGUGUUGGAAAUUAUUAGGGUGCCUACCUUUUUGUCACAGAUUGUUGAAUUUACAACUGCCUUUCUGGUGUAUUACCGUCAUUCAUUGUCAAUUCGAAUUAUCAAAGUACUUGAAUAAACAGAGAAACACUUACAAACAUGAGUUUUUACAAACGA